AUGAAACACCAAAUUAAAAGAGUUGGAAUAACCUGGGCUGGGUGUGAUGUUGGUCAGGAGUUUAAUUUUUUUGCCUUUGUCUUAGCAGCUAAUCAACUGCUAAACAACAGUAACCACGACGAUGAUGAGGAUGAGGAAGAGGAGGAGGAGGACGAAGAUGAAGGCAUGGAAGAAUUGCGGCCAGGGACCUCUCAAAGUGCGCCCAGAAAGGUCAAGCCCUUGACGAGACGGGAAACCCCCAAGCAGCCAAAGAUCAUCCCAGUGGUGAAGAAGGACAAAGCCACCCAGCGUGGACAUGCCUUGAAAAAAAGCCUUGAGAGACGCUGCUCAGAUUGUACGAGGACCCUUCAUUCCGCCGGCAGAGGGCGCCAGAGGAGUGAAGCCAACGCCGCUCGGGAGAAGCCGUUCCAGUGUAGCGACUGCGGGAAAUGCUUCAUCUGGAGCUCCCACCUCGAGCGCCACCGCCGGAUGCACACGGGAGAGAAGCCCUUCAAAUGCCUCAACUGCGGGGAAGCCUACAGCCAGAACUUCCACCUCUUGCAGCACAGCUGUGCCCAGCUGAUCGAAAAGCCCUUCAAGUGCCCUGAGUGCGGGAAACGCUUUGCCCAGAGCUCGGCCCUGGAGAACCAUCAGAAAGGCCAUACGGCAGAGAAGCCCCAUAAGUGCUUGGACUGUGGGAAAUGCUUCAUCUGGGCUUCCCACCUGGAGAGGCACCGGCGGGUCCAUACCGGAGAGAGGCCUUUCAAGUGCCCUGAAUGUGGAGAGUCCUACAGCCAGAGUGCCCAUUUGGCCAAGCACCGGCGUAACCACAUGGGCGAGCGCCCUUACAACUGCCCUGCCUGCUGGAGAAGCUUCGCUCAGAUCGCUGAGCUGGAGGAACACAAGAAGACCCAUCUGGGCUGCGAGGACUGUGGCAAGGUCUACCGGAGUCGGCAGACCCUGAUGCGGCACCAGCGGGGACACCACCGCGAGCGCACCCAUCUCUGUGAAGAGUGUGGGAAAGGCUUUGUGUGGGCCUCCCAUCUAGAGCGCCACCGUCGGGUGCAUACUGGGGAGCGCCCGUUCCCUUGCCCCAUCUGCGGGGAGAAGUUUGCCCAGAAGGUCCACCUCCUUCACCACAACAAGACUCACUCUCACACCCGACCCUACAAAUGUGGGGACUGCGACAAAUGCUUCGGGGACAGCUCUGCUUUCCUAGCUCAUCAGCGGGGUCACGCCAUGGAGAAGAACCACAAGUGCCAGUAUUGCUCCAAAAGCUUUGCCUGGAGCUCCCACUUGGAAAGGCAUCAGCGCAUCCACACGGGGGAGAAACCCUACAAGUGCCCCGAUUGCCCCGAGCACUUUAGCCAGACUUCCCAGCUCUUCAAGCAUCAGCGCUGUCACCUAGGCAAGAGGCCCUACAAGUGCAGUGAAUGUGGGCGCAGCUUCAGCACCACCCUGGAAGUCCUCAUCCACCAGCGGACCCACUUUGGGACCAAGCCCUUCCGUUGCUCCAGCUGUGGGAAGGGGUUCACCCGCCGAGCCAACCUGCUCAAGCAUCAACGGUGCCAUGCUAAGGAGUCCCCUAAGGAGCAUUUAAUUGAAUUGAAAUGUGAAGGCAACGGGUUCUCCGAUAUUUAACGGUUGAGAAUCCCGGCAAGAGGAGGCCAUUGCCGAUGUUCUGGGGUUGUGGAGACUCCAGUCCUUGUUCAGCUCUUAACAACAGGACCCGAUGCUAUGGACGUGGUGGGAGAGAAGGACGCUUUAGGAAAUGUCUAGGACAAUGGGAAGGCCACAGAAAAGUCUUGGUGAAGAGGUAUGGCUGUCACCAGCAUACGAAAGAAGAUCUGCCAAGAAGACCAAUAAUAGCCAUGUCCAUCGGUGAUGAGGAUCCUGAUUUAGAGUCCACGCGGAUGACUUUAUUUCACAUUUAGUCGAUACUGUACAUAUCAAUGUACCCCAAGAAUGGGGGGGAAAAGCUUUAUUUACUGUUCAUCUUUACGUUCGGUAGCCUUUCCUCAGAUAGACCAAUUCUCCCCCCCCUCACAAUCCUUUUUUUGGGGGGGGAAACUCUGGAUAAUGAAGCUUUAACAAAUUCUGAGGGCUGACCUCCAGACCUUAAUAUGCCUGACUGAGACUUUACUAAAUGGUGUGGAAAUCUGCAUGGGGGCCUGAAAACAAGCAUUUUUAAGCCUCUUGAAUGUGGAGGGGAAAAAAAAAGCUUUAUUGACUAAAGAACCUAAACACCUGAGGCUUUGUGCUGGGCAAUUGUAUUUUAGUGACUACCAUAAUUAGAUGGUACAGUAGAACCUGAAUAUCUAGAGACUAUCUUAAUAUCAAAC